AUGGGACAGCCUGGAUCGCCCCCUAGGACGAGGUCAAAACCGGUCUUCGAGUUUGGUUCGUUAUCCAAUCUUCUCUGUUGUUUGUGGUCCAUAUAUGUCACCUAUCACUCAACAACUUCACGUUCGAUUGUUCGAAGUAUUGCAACAAAAACGACUGAACUACCAUCAUCCCACGUAGCUAUUUUUUUCCCUUUCUCCGGCGGCCGGAAAACGAAUACAGGAGUUACAGAAACGGUGGUGAUCAUUGUCGGCGCCGGCCCAUCUGGCCUGUGCACCGCCGCAUCCCUCCACCGACUCUCGAUCCCAUACGUAAUCCUCGAAAGAGAAGAUUGUGUUGCUUCAUUAUUCAAGAACAAAUCAUACCACCGGUUUCACCUCCACUUAACCAAGGAAGCCUGUCAGCUUGCUCACAUGAAUUUUCCGGCGAACUUUCCGACGUAUGUACCCAGAAAAGAUUUCUUGAAAUACUUGGACGAUUACGCAUCUCAUUUUGAGAUUAAACCGAUGUUCCAUAACUUCGUAAAGCUUGCAAAGUAUGAUGAAGAUCGGAAGAAAUGGAAGGUGGAGGUGGAGAUAGUUGGUGGAGAGGAGGACGGUGGUGGUCGGUGGUAUGAGGGAGAGUUUUUGGUGGUGGCCACCGGAGAAACCAGUGAUCCGUUUAUUCCGGAGGUUGAUGGGUUGAGUGAGUUUAGAGGUGAAGUUAUUCAUUCAACGGAGUAUAAAUCCGGCGAACGAUAUGAGAAUAAGAAGGUUUUGGUCGUCGGAGCUGGGAAUUCCGGCAUGGAAAUUGCACUUGAUCUGUGUAACCAUGGUGCAAAAACCUCCAUUGUUGUACCAAGUCCGAUUCAUAUAACACCCAGAUGGUCGAUAAAUUUUGGAUUUAAGUUAAUGACGCAUAUAAAGUUUAUACCAUGGCAUUGGGUGGACUCGUUCUUGGUGUUGACUAGCAAAGUAAUGUACGGAAACCUAACCAAAUACGGGAUCCAAAGGCCCAAAGAAGGUCCGUUGUUUCUGAAAGCAAGAUAUAACAGGUAUCCGGUUAUUGAUGUUGGCACAGCAAAAAAGAUCAAGUCUGGAGAGAUACAGGUCUUACCGGGGUUGAAAAGCAUAAAAAGUAGCGGAACAGAAGUUGUCUUUGAGAAUGGGAAAUGUUAUCAUUUUGAUACAAUCAUGUUCGCUACUGGGUUUAAAAGAUCUACCCAUCUGUGGCUUCAGGGAGGUGAUUUCCUUAUAGUUAAAGAUGGAUUUGCAAAGCCCAUGUACCCAAACCAUUGGAAAGGAGAAAAUGGGCUUUAUUGGGCUGGGCUUGCAAAGAGAGGUCUGUAUGGAUCAGCCAUGGAUGGUCAAAACAUAGCCCAAGACAUUUUCAACUUGGUAUCAAAAUAA